CUCAUUCUCUCUUCUUCUCCAAGUUGUAUAGUCACAACUUUUACUCUAUGUAAGCCUGUGAGGCCUUUCCAGAUUUCAUCUACAUUACUGCACUUAGUCGUCUAUAUUACUACGCUUAAUCGUCUAUAUUACUACACUUAGUCGCUCUCUAACACGCUCGAAAAUAACUGUAAGAGUAUUCUCUCUCCAAUUUCAUUUGAAGUUUCUACACUCGUCUUCUCUGCGGAUUCUGCACUUUCAUCUGUCAGGUUUUUCGAGCUCUUUCCAUUUUACAUAUCUCUCUUUGUUCCCUCAGUCAAUUUUUAUGUUCUAGGGUUUUCCAAUUUUGUCAUGGAAAAAUUCAAUUAUCUUCCUUUACUGCUCUUGAUUUCACUCCUACCCUGUAAUGGAUUCAUGAUUAAACAUAUUUUAAUGGAGUCAGAAUCACCACCUCCUGCUACUUCUCCUGAAUUAAAGAUUGAGGUGAAAAGGGUUGCACUUAGUAUUUUUUCUGGUAUAAUUACUGGCUUUAUUGCUGCUAUUCUUGUUGCUGCUAUUAUAAGAUGUUUUGUCCAUUACAUUAAUAGACCUCCUAUCCUCAAAGGCCCUGUAGUAUUCUCCCCGAAAAUCGACCCGAAAACGCUUCGGCUUGCUUUAGAGAAUGAGAAUCAUAUUAUAGGAUCUAGCCCUAAUGGGACUUAUUAUAGAACUGCUCUUGAUAAUGGCCUUAAUAUCGCCGUUAAGAGGCUCGAACCCUUUGAAAUUGGAUCACCACAAACUCAAAGUAAGGCCUUAAAGAGGAAAUUACAGCAAGAGCUUCAAGUUCUUGCUGCUUUAAGACAUAGGCAUUUGAUGAGCUUGAGAGCGUAUGUUCGUGAAUCGGAUCGUUUCAGCUUGGUUUACGAUUAUAUGCCCACGGGCAGCCUUGAAGAUGCUAUGAAUAAAGUCCGUUUGAAUCAACUGCAGAUGGGUUGGGAUGUUAGGCUCCGCAUUGCUGUAGGGAUUAUAAAGGCGCUCAAAUUCCUUCAUUUUGAAAGUAAUUCGUGCAUAUUGCAUUACAAUCUCAAGCCCAGUAAUGUGAUGUUGGAUGUAGAAUUUGAGCCUAAGCUUGCAGAUUGUGGGCUAGCCAACCUUAUGCCCAAAUUGUAUAGAUCAUCAAAUGGCUAUAAUGCUCCCGAGUCCUCACAAAGCUGCAGAUAUACAGAUAAGAGUGAUGUCUUCAGCUUUGGAGUCAUUCUGGGGGUCCUGCUGACUGGUCGAGACCCCUUAGAUCCCUUUUUUGGGGAAUCAGCCAGUGGAGGAAGUUUAGGUAGGUGGCUGCGGCAUUUGCAACAAGCUGGAGAAGCUCAGCAGGCCUUGGAUAAAAGCAUACUUGGGCAAGAAGUUGAGGAAGAUGAGAUGCUUAUGGUAGUGAGGAUUGCAGUUGUCUGCAUGUCAGAUCUCCCUGAAGACCGUCCUUCCAGUGAUGAGCUUGUGCCAAUGCUUUCUCGUCUUCACAGUUUUUGAAGGGUGAUAUGAGCGGCUUCUUGGAACAUGUUUCUCUUUCACAGGCUUUGAGUAUUUGAAGUUUUGCUCCAUGCAUGAAGGCUCAAGUCCACUCAACUCAUUUCCCUUGCUGUGGAAAUGUGCCCGCAAAUGGAUGAGACAAAUUCAAUGUGUAUUUGCUGGAAAUGGUAGGAUGCCUAGGGCAUCAAGAAUGCAUUUUCAACUUUUCUUUGAUUGGUCUUUACCAUCAGAUCACCCUCUUUGAUAUGAUUUUAAAGGUUCUGUAGUAUUUGCUCGUUAGGUGAAAGAAGUAGUUUGUCGGAUAGGUAGGUGCAAUGUAAAUCGAUUCCGUCUUGUACCUGAUUGGCCAUUGCUGCGUGUAUCUCUUGAUGAGAAUGUAUUUGGAAUGCUUAAAGCCGGAAGAUAUAGCGGUGCUACAGAUGUGUCUUAUUUGGUGCGCGUUGUUCUUUGUA